AUGUCUCAGUCAUCGGUAAAACUUCCGCUAUUGCAAGAUCGUACCAUUUCGAACUACGGCACAAAACAAGACGCAAUGGUCUUUACUGAACCCGAGGGUGAGGCCAAAAUCUCCGGGACGCCGCGUGAUAGACGGUUCUCGAGCUUCUCACGCAAGAUAUGGGGGGAUGAUCCGAGAGAAAGAAAAUACGUUCGAAAGUUGGACACUUUCCUUUUCUCCUAUGUCCUCUUGGGCUAUUUCAUCAAGUACCUGGACCAAAACAACUACAGCAACGCAUUCAUCAGCGGGAUGCAGGAGGAGUUAGAGCUCUACGGCAACGAGAGAAAUCUUCUAAACACCUACUUUAACAUCGGCAUCAUCAUUGGUACCAUACCGGCGCAGAUGAUACAGCUGAAAUGGGUCCGUCCUUCCAUCUGGAUACCAGCUUGCGAGCUGGGUUGGUCUGCUUUGACAAUGGUUAUGGCAAGUGCCAAAAACGUGGAAACGCUCUACGCCUUGCGUUUCUUCAUCGGACUCCUCGAAUCUUGCUCGUUUCCUGGCUUCGCCAGCAUUCUGGGCAGUUGGUACGGCAGGACGCAACUCGCCAAGCGGAUGGCUUUAUUCGAACAGACGGCGGCUAUUGCGGGAAUUUUCAGCGGCUAUCUCCAGGCUGGAUUGUAUACGGGAAUGAACGGGACAGCUGGCUUGUCCGGAGUCAUCUCUAUACCGAUUGCUCUGUACGGAUUCUUCGCCCUCCCCGAUCUGCCCCAUAACACCAGAGCCUUCUAUCUGAAGCAAGAAGAUCGCGAGUACGGCAUGCAACGGAUUCAAAAGAUGGGCCGGAAGCCGCCAUCAAAUCUCACGCUGAAGGGCAUCAAGGAGAUAUACACAUCGUGGCAGCUUUGGGCAUUCAUUCUGCCUUAUCUCAUGGUUGCUGAAGCUGGAUCUGGUACAGGUUAUUUCAAUCUCUAUCUCAAGUCAGAGGGCUACAGCGUUGUGCAGACAAACAUUCUCCCAACCAUUGGCAAUGCCAUUCAGAUUGUGGCAGCCUUUUCGGUGGGGUGGCUGUCAGACGCAACGGGCAGUCGGGUGUUGACCGUUGUAUUCGUGCAAGCACUCGUGCUGGUUUCGAACAUCGUGUUGUCAGUCUGGAGUGUGCCAAAGGCAGCAUUACUCGCCGCCUUUUAUCUGAACUACACGGGCGGAGCGGCGCAGCCUGUAGUGAUCAGCUACGGGCAUGAGAUCACUCAAUGGAAUGCCAACCUCCGACAGCUCCUCGUUGCUACAGGAAACAUAUUCACUUACACUUUCAGUGCUUGGAUGCCUGUGGUUAUGUUUCCGACAUACGACGCACCCAAGUAUAAAUACGGCUACGAAGUGUUAUUAUUGUUCGGCGCUCUUGCUAUCAUAGGAAUCUACUUGCUCGACUACCUGUACAAGAGGGAUCUGUACGUUUCGAAACCUGUGACGACGACUGAGCUAACAUGA